AGUCUUGUGAUAAAUCUCGUUUCAGGUUCAAAGUUAUUUUUGUUACCAAUAUCUGAACUAUACUAAUUUAACGUUAAUAAAUAUGCUUGCUGAUAUCGAAACAGACGGAAUGCGUGUCAAUCAUACGAGAGAUCCACCAGGACAGAAAUGUGUUUACAUAAUACCUGGCGAUAAAGAAAAGGAAGUAUACAGACUUACGACAUACCGGCAAUUCCCUAUGCAUGUACCCGUCAAUGUUAUGUUGCUUGCCACGUUGGGGUUUCUCUACACUGGGUUCAAGGACAGAAUAAAGUGUUUCAGGUGUGGGCAAUGUGUUGAAGGCUUAAAUGGCACAGAAGACAUGAGUUUACCUGGCUGGCAUAAACCAGAUUGUGAAUUCGCUAAUGGGACAGACACCACUAAUGUACCACUACGUAGAUUAACAGAGGGCCCGUCACACCGUAGUAUAUCCCCACCUUCCAACAUGGAAACUAAUAUAUCAGCUGGCGAGCUUCUAAACAGUGCAACAGUCAACACAUCUCAACAAGUCGAAACCCCGAACAAUUUAUCAGUACAUCAAACACCAGCUGCUGGGCCAUUGAACCAAACUGCAACUGUGCAUAGACCAAGUCCACCAACCCCUUCUGCUAUUGUACAGUCAACCAGAGCAACCGAACCAGGAAACAGUUUUCCAGGAACGUCUUUAUUUCCUUGUAAUGACCCAUUGAACCCACACAUGCGAAGCGAGAGUGCAAGACUUCAGACGUAUCUUGAUAACAUAAGGAACUGGCCUUCGCAACAAGUACUAGCAACACCUCAACAACUUUCAAAAGCUGGUUUGUUUUACUUAGGUGAAAGAGAUCGUGUAAAAUGCUGGUACUGUAAUGGAGGACUUCAGAAUUGGAACAGAGAUGAUGACGCUUGGUUCGAACACGCAAAGUGGUUUCCCGAAUGCGAAUUUGUCCUCCAACAGAAAGGGCCAGAAUACGUUCAUAACAUCGUGUCUAUGUUUCCCACAUUAAGAAGACCAGCCAUGCCAAGACAAAACCGUUCAUUGCCCCAAGUCACUCAAAGCUAUGCAAAUACACCGGCACCAAUAAAUGGAGCGCCAGAAAUAAUCGACCCGAGAGAAGAAUUAAGAAAACUGAAAGCUCUCGUCGACGAAGAAAUGACGUCAUCAGAAAUUGUCCCGGAAGUGAUAAUGAUGGGGUUUGAGGUCACUCAGAUUCGUAAUGCAAUACAAAGAAAUCAAGAAAUCAACAAAACAAGAUUCACAUCCGCAACUGAUUUAGUAGACGCUAUUAUCAAUUCUGACCCCAAUACUGAACUUCCGGACUUAGAAGAGGAAGAGCCCGCUCCUCUGGAUGUCCCAUCAACUUCCGCGGCUGCUCCGGAGGACACUUCCAGCGAGCUGCGGCGUUUAGAAAAGUCGAAGAUUUGUAGGGUAUGUAAAAAAGAAGAGGCAGCAGUUGUACUCUUACCAUGCGGGCAUUUAUCCUGCUGCGUCACAUGCUCUAAUAACGUUAAAAAAUGCCCGGUUUGUAAAUUUUCCGUCAAAGAUACUGUUCGUUCAUAUAUAGUAUAGUAGGGUGGGUAAAGAUGGGACACCUUUACAUCUAUUUUUCGUCCCACUUUGAUGGUAACCAAAGAACUUUCAAAGAGUUAUAAAACCGCAUCCUCACGACUCCUACAUUAAUUGUAUAUAACACGAUCAGGAUAUUUUAAUAUCAUGUGCUAAAGGUGUCCCAUCUUACCCCGCAGUACUAUAUAACGCUUGUGCUAAUAUAUCGACAUAGUCAUUUCUUCAAUUAUUUUUUUUAUCCAUUAAUUUGUUUCAAAUUAUAUUUUUUUACUUAUUUAUUUUCUAGAUCUCACUGUGCAUUAUUAUCACCGCAUUUAUCGUGUGCCAAAUUGUUUCUGCAAGCUGUGUGUAUUUUUAUAUAUAUAUAAAUAUGCAUUUUUCUACAUUUUAAAUAUAUAUAUAAUAUGCAUUUUCUACGUUUUAAAUCUUCAUGCUGCCAAACUAAUGCUUUUACGUAUAUAUAUAUAUAUUUAUACUUAAGUAUUGUACAUGACUGUUUUUCAGUAAUUUCAAUAUCGUUGUGCAACUUCCAUAAAGUCUUUUGUUUUACGUAAUUCUUUAAUGGUGUAAAUAUAAUCUAUUCACAGCACUUUCUAUAUCGUGUAUACUCAAAGCUUUUGUUUAUAAAACUUCAUUGUUGUCCUUAUAUGAUCAUUAAACUGAACACAGAUUUCACAAUUGCUCAAUUCAAAGUCAACCCUCUAUAUAUCAACUUUAAGGUGUAAUAUAUUGCUGUAUAUAAAUCAUUCAGGGAUUAUAUGCCUUUGGUUUCCAGAAACCGCCCUAAUGUGCACUUUUUGUUGCAAUACGACCACGUCUUAACUACCUUUUAUGCACAAUUUGUUAUUUUAGUCGUAUUCCUUCUGCUGCCGUUGAAUUCUUUAUACGUUGAACCCGUUGUAUAAUACUAUUUUGUCAGUUAAACAAUUUUAGGUAAUUAAAACCUAUCUAUUUUAUAAACGAUCAUAAAUCGGUGUUUAAUGUUGCCAAAUGUAUAGAUGUUUUUAUAGUUUUAAACUUCUUUUUCUCACUAAAGUAGCACUAAUCGUUUUUUGACGUGUUUAAAUAAAUAUUUUUUUAUUUUUGUA